AGAGAACAUAUGGUAGUGAGAGGAAGCCAAGUUGCCGGGAGUGGGGGUGGGAACGUGAUGGAUUUUGGCUGACAUUUGGCUAAUUUUCUAAUCGAUUAAACAUUUAAUCUCAAUACAGUUCUGUCAACCGAGACGAGAAUAUGUUACGAACAGAGUGGACUAAGUUUUGUAGACACUGCCUUUUGCCAAAGGUGUAAAAAAAAAAAAAAAAAAGUGCGUUGUUUCGGAGUGAAAAUGGGAAUCGAGUUAUUGCACAUGCGCAGUUCAUAGUGAGCGUUUUGUGCUUGGCUCCGCCCACUAUGACUCGUUUGGAAACGACAGGCUGUGGUCUAUCUUGGUUUAUGUUAUAUAAAAAAAAACAUCUUUGGUCAAGCGUCCGGGAGCCGCCGGAAAAGAGAGAAAUUCGGUACACUACGAGAUAUCUACAUAGAAAACAAACGAAAAAAUAAAUAAGGAAAGUUUUUUGUUUUCUCCAGUGAAGACACAUGAACAAUCCUCUGCUCUGUCUAGACAACAGAAGCCCAAUGUUCUAGAAGUUGUGCUAGAACAGUUUGACCUGGAUCGGAACUGAUUUUUGAAAGUGCUUGUGUGAAACAAAAUGGAAACUGACCAAACUGAUCAAUCCCAAAAAGCCAGUCUUGUUUUCCAGUUUGAUUACUACUGUCUGUAGCCCUGUCACAGGACGAGCCAGAGAGAAGACCAACCAAUAAUCCUCCUCUCUGUGUCUUUCUCCUUUCCAACUCUUUCAGCUUUGCGUUGCUAUUGGAGCGUUGUGCUGCUCCCCUUUCGAGCCCGCUGAGUCUGAUUGGAGGGCUGGGAGUUGGAAUCCCACCCCCGCAGCGCCUCUUAUGCCACACCUCCCUGCUUCUGGCCCAGCUCAAAGCACAGCUCGCCAUCAAUCAGCUCGUUGCCGCGGGAAACAUCGCCAACGCCGUUACCUGUGCCAACCAUCCACUACCCUCCCUCACCCCCAUCCUCCUCUUGCCCUCUUCCUCAACCUCUUGAAAGCGGCAUCCACCACCAAUAACAUGUACCAUCCCCUAUAUAAUCCGUUAGGGGGUCGGUACUCUUCACAAGCCCAGAGAACACCAGCUCAGAUGGGGCGGUAUGGACUCACACAAGCCCAGUCCGGGAUGGACCCUCUGUUGGCCUCACGCCUGGGUCUGGGCCCUGUCUCUACUGGUGGUUCCUCUGGUUUUUCCAGCCAGGGGGCAUGAUGUCCUCGAUGGGGUACAACCUGGGGCAGAUGACCCCGGAGUUGGAGAUAGACCACCACAUCCGCUGGGCCAGAGAGGACGUGAGACUGCUCAGCCAGAUGGUGCAGCAGAAACAGAACCAGCAGACCCAAAUGAAUCUUCGCCUGAAUCGCAACCCCGGGGAUGAGCUUUCGUCUAGGGUAGGGAUGGGUAGCUACACCUCUGGCCGGUCCUGCAGCGACCAGCAGAGCUCCAUGGCCUCUUGGUCUGGCCACCUGGCCCAGUCUGCUUCCUCUAAACUCUUCUCCUCCCCCCUCCCUCAGUCGUCCCCUUCCACCUCCCAGAUGUACCAAAGCCAAACCUCUGGGUUUGGUGGUGCGGGAGAGCCGGGACCCACCUCAAUGGGUUCUGAGGCGCCCCUGAGUGUCUCCGCCUCGUCUGGCCCCGAUCCUCCAGCCCGGUACACACCAGAGUCCGCCAGCAACAUCCUGGCGAGUUUUGGCUUGUCCAACGAGGACUUGGAGCUCCUGAGCCACUACCCAGACGAUCAGCUGACCCCAGACAACCUGCCCUUCAUCCUCAGAGACAUCUGCAUCCGUAAGGCCAAUAGAAACAUGGAUGUGGAUCAUCGGCAUGACAACAGACCCAGCCCGGGGUCGGACCACUUAGGUGGAGGCCAGAGCAAAGUUAUUGAUUAUGGAAAUAUUGAUGCUUCCAAAUACGACAGUUAUGACAAUAUUCGAUCCAAUAGUUACGGCGGACAAGAUCCGCUCCCGAAAGAGUCGAUGAAAUACUCUGUCAGAGACUCUCCAGGCGGGCACACCGGGACACCGUACGGCAGUGUUGGAAGAUCCAUGACCUCAUUCCUUCCCGAGCAACAGCAGAUUUGCAGCGCUUCAGUCCAGAGUUCUAUCUCUCUCCCCAAGAAUGACAACGACACUCGUAUCGGUCUUCCUCCGCCUUCCAGCCUAACCCAAAAGACCUUCAAAACCCACGACUUAUCUAAAGCAGCACCCAAACCUAUGAACAUCCCUGUCCACGGCGGAGACCAAGGACUCGACCGACUCCUCUCAUCUCAGAAUCGAGGCACUGCUCGAGGCCAGGUUCAGCCUCGGUCCGACCUGGUGGUUCUUAGUGGUGGAGUUGGAGGAGAUGCAAGACUCAGGAUCGGAGGUAUCCCAUUGGGGAUUCCUCCUCCCACGCCACCCCUCAUGUGGCCUCCCCUAUUCCCCGUCAUGAAUCCGUCGGUUCCCCCUCCCGGCCACGUUCCGGUGACUUGUCCGCCUCCCCUGGUGGGUCCGCCUCCCCUGGUGGGUCCGCCUCCCCUGGUGGGUCCGCCUCCCCAGAUUGGUCCGCCUCCCCUGGUGGGUCCCCCUCCCCAGAUUGGUCCGCCUCCCCUGGUGGGUCCACCUCCGUCGAUGUUCCAGCAGAUCAACAUCCCACCCCCAACGUUGAUGGUGCCGACGAGGUUGCCGGCCCCGACCACGAUGAGCGAUUACUCCGCAGCUUCUCCCAGAAUCUUUCCUCAUACCUGUUCUCUCUGUAACGUAGAAUGUGCCCAGCUAAAGAACUGGAUUGCGCAUCAAAACACCAGCCUCCACAUCGACAACUGCCGGCUGCUCAGGAAAUUGUAUCCUGACUGGAACGGGGAAACUGUAUCAAGCCCUGCUCCCAGUAGAAAUGACAACAACCAGAGUUCCUCCAAACGUCGCCAGACCACCUCCCGUUCUCCUUCUCCACGCCUCUCCUCCUCCUACCGCACCACUUCCUCCUCCUCCGCUGCUCGCCGACCUCGAUCCAGGGAACGCUCCCGGGAACGUAGACACAGCGCCGGCAGACGGCGUUCCCGGUCUCCUGGUUCGCGUCGGGAGCGUGACCCUCCGGCGUCGGCGUCUUCGCACCGGGAGCGUCGGCGUUCCCGCCGCCCCCAGACAACUUCUUCAUCCCGGAGGAGGUCGCGUUCUAGGAGCUAUGAGCGGGAGCGUCGGGAAGCGAGGAAGAGCAGCCCUUCAGGAGGAGGGAAGAGCAGACAGCAGAAGUCUAGCAGUGCUGAGAGCCUGGCCAAGAAACUACUGGAGUCAUCUGCUGGCCUCUCCCUGACUAAGAACACCAGUCUAGAAGUUCUGAUGCAGUCCCUGGCCCCUGCUCUCCUGGCCGAGCUCGCCAAAAAGAAAGGAGCCACUUCUGCCAAGGGAGGUGCCGGCAAGGGAGGCCGCUCCUCCUCCCGGAAGACUGAAACGGGAACGUCCAAGGGUGGCAAGGCAGGCACCGGAUCUGGGAGGACAUCAAACAAGAAAUCCUCAUCACCCUCCAAAUCAUCCUUCAAAUCGUCCAGCUCAGCUCCUUCCAAGGUAUGCCUUUGUGUGGGUUAAAAAAAUAAAUAAAAU